ACUCGCAGAAGGUGGCAUCCAAAGAUGCAGAAGCUUCGGAUGACACUGCCUUCGAGGCUUUUCAUGGACACUGGCACUCCGUCCGUUUGCGGCAGAGGACCCAGGAGGGCUCCCGACGUCGCGGACGCUGGCGAUGGAUCUAUCGCGUUCAGCAGAUCUGCGACUCUGCAUGCGGAGAGCUCGAUGCUGUCCUGGACCAGUUAACAGAGCUGGACCGGCAGAGAUGCGACGUUCUCCGAAAGACCACCGCGCUGCAUGAGCAGUGUGAACAGAUGGUCCAGGAUCAAGACAGAUUAGCCAAAGAGGCCGAGGCCUUAGCUGAGGCGCUAGACUACUUCGACCGCGUGGCGGAUGUUGCGUGCGUGCUGGACCACCAUUCAGCCAACGGCUUCCUCUCCAAUGCGGGAACGGCCGUGGCUUCAGCGGCGUCGGAAAGUCCCGACACCGAGUUCGGAUCUGUGCUCGACAAAAUCGACGGCUCCAUUUCUUUCCUAGAGGCCCACCCAGACUUUUGCCAGGCUUCCGCCUACAUGUCCCAGUUCGAGCAUCUUCGAAACAGGGCAUGCCUCGCCAUGCGCUCCAGCCUGCAGAAAAGCUUGGAGAGAUCGGCCGCGCACGUGGAGCAGCAGCUGAAGGACGCUCAAGCCGUGCCCAACCAGGCACCGGAGUUUCCGAAUUCGCCCUAG